UGCAGAUUGCCGUUGUCUCAUGAUUUACACCUAGAGGAGCCGAUUCUAUCCAUGUCGGAUCAGCGCUCCCGCCCUCCCAGCGUGUACCUGGAGCCCCCCAGGAAGAGUGUCGAGUUGGAGGACCCUGGCGCCCAGGAAACGGGAGCUUCUACCAGCGGCGAUGAGCAUUUCUCUGAUGCCAGCGAGGGCCAUCGACGUUCUGGCUCCCUUUCGCCACCCGGUCGUUCAUCUCCUAUCCCGCGGACUCGAGUGGAGAAGGUAGACGGUAGCCCGCGAUAUGGUGAAACGCCAGGGACAAUAGCCUACGAAAAAAGAGAACAGGAUGCCGUUCCAGAUGAGAUUGAAAUUGUUCCAGAAGGCUCACGAAGCAGGAGCCAUUCAGCAGUCGACCUGGCAGAUCGCCCACUGACCCCCGGAGGAACACCAAUCCCCCUCACACUUGUCGAAAAGGUAGAUCCAGACUCGCCAAGCUACGGGGAUAUUCCCGGGACCUUUGCCUAUGAACAGCGGAAGGCCGAUGCGGUCCCUGAUCGUAUCGUGAAGGGUUUAGCACCUGGUAGCAGGUCAUCGUCACCAUCGCCGCUUGAACGAGUGCCUAGCGAGGCGAACUCUGCUUCUACUGCUGUGCCUGAGACGCGACUUUCGCAUGUAGAUUCAAUACCGAAUCAGGAGGUGGAAUAUAGUUUACGGGCGCACAGUAGGAGCCCGAGUGAUGCACUGCCGGACUCGAUAGAAAGAGUUCAAGAUAUUCCUAAUUCAAAAUCGUCCUUAUCCACUAGCUCUACAUAUCCAAGCGACGUCAGACGGGAAGAUACCGUGAUGCAUGACUAUGACGAUGAUAAAGUUCAUGAUAAUGAUGAUAACGGUAUCAAUCUUGACGCAGAGGUAGCAGCAUCGAUGGGCGAAGAUUUUGAUGACUUCACACAAGAACAAGAAAAUGCAGGAGAUGACGAUUUUGGGGAUUUCGACGAUGGGUUCCAAGAGCCCGAGGAGGCUACUGAUGAUAUACCCUUGAAUCAACCCAGCCAGACGCCCCCUGAAGCACUGUCCGUUCCACCACUUGUAGAAUUCGACACUAUCCAGACACUUCCCCAACUUAUUACCGCUCUAGAAGAUCCUCUUGACCAGCUCUUCCCUGCUUUUAAGAAAAUCUCAUCACUCACACCGGUAGAGCCGAUCCGGGAUGCCUCAGCCAUCUUCAGCACCGAACGGUCAUUAUCGCUAUGGUCUCAGCUAGUCGCUCCCCCUCCCCUCCAGCCUCAGAACUGGGUCAAGUCCCGAAUUCGCCGGCUAUUCCUCGUGUCGCUCGGUGUCCCUGUGGAUCUGGAUGAAAUUCUCCCAGCGUCGAAGCAGAAGAAGCUGGUACUCCCCUCGAUCAACCUGGACGACCCAGAGAGUAUCCGUACACAACCCGCGAGCCAAACGCAAAAAGGCGAUAGUUCGGCACAGAAUGUAUCCGGGGAGAAUGCAACUACAGCUUCUACCCAGGGUCAAACAGGUAGCCGAGGGAGGACAACUGCACGGCGUGGCGAGCCGCCUCCGCCGCCAGAACUGGAUCUCCUAGCCGUCCGACGACUCUGCGUGACGACGGAUGCAGCACUGGAUGGCCUCACUGAUGAGGAAUUGAAGGUGCAUGUCAAGGAGCUGCAAGAUGCUACGCUUCGAGCGAGCGCGGUGCUGGAGUACUGGCUCAAGAGGCGAGAUGGGUUGGUUGGCGAGAAGGAAGCAUUUGAGGGCGUGAUUGAGAACUUGGUGAGCCACGCCAGGAGGGUGAGGAGGUAAUAGAGCAUCAGGCUUUGGAUGGAUUCUAUAUCUGCAUUGGCAUGGAUGGGCUUUUCCCUUCACAACCUGUUUUAAAGCACAAAAUAAUAACCAUUGUAAUACCCUUCAUCUACAAAAAGAGGGAGGAAAACUAAGGCAACAGCGCAAAAUCAUGAUCAUGAGCCCCCUUCAAAUAAUCCUCCCCAUUCUUCACCCACUUCACGCACGGUUCGACAUCCCCCCAGUCAAUUUUCCCCUUCACAGACUCCGGCAGCACCAUCUCCAGCGUACUCCGAUACCACUUGGGAAACAGCACCAUGACAAGCAUCACCCUCGGCUCAUCCGUAUGAUUCGGCAUCCCGGCAUGCCACAGCCUGAAAUCCCUAAUGACAAGCGCCCCCUUCUUCACCCCCAACUGCACGGGAGGCCGUUCAGCACGUCUCUUCUCAAGAAGAUCUGCGCGAACCCCAUCCGUUGCAGGAUCGACAAUCCCCAAAUCCGGGGUAACGCUCGACAAAUGACUACCGGGCCACACCUCCGUCGCGCCAUUCCGCUCAUCAGCGUCCACAAGGGUGACAUUCACACAGAAUCCAAACGGAAUACCCUUGGGAAAGUCAAACUCCACAUCCACAUGCGCAGGCUGCCUCCUCCCCUCAUCAUUCCCAACCUUAAACGCCGUAUUGGCACUCAGAAAUCGUAACUGCGGCUUGGGACCAAGCAUGCACGAUAUAAUCUCCGUCGCGAACGGAUUUGCAAUCACAUCCGGAAAGAUGUAUUCGACCUCCUGCGGCGGUUCCUGUUGGAUAUUACCCGUUCCCGUGCCGAAGUUGUGGUGUGUGUUUUUUUGCGCGUAGAGGUAUUUCGCUUCGGGGAUCAUGCGGGCAUUCAGCUUGUCGAGGUGGUCAGGUGAGAUGGCGUUUUCAAGAACUACUAGGCCGUCGCGGUGGAGGGCUUCCACGGCCCAUUGAAGGUUGUGAGAGCUAAGUUGUUUUGUGGAUAGCUCUGUCGGCGUGAGGUGGAUGGAGGUUACGUCUCCCUCGAGUUUGGUGGGGGAUGGCAUUUUGUUCUUCUUUUUGUUGUU